AAGGGAACUGCAUCCCUCUCUUGCAUCAGCGCCAACAUCACUACCACACCAGCCUUCGUCACCGGAAAACAACAAGGAAGAUUAUCGCACAACAGAGCAAAAAAAAAAACACCAUCAGCAGCAGCUCCUCCCCCCCCCCACCAGACGUGCAUCCACAGAUUAGGUUAGGACAGUUAUACCUUCCCCAGGCACACGCAUCUAAAUGCUCCUCCAGAAAGAAGGAGCUCUCCCAGGGAUGACUUGAGACGAGAGGCAGGAAGCCAUUGGACGCUCUCCGUCAACAUGGGCAACCAGGAGGCUAAGCAAAAGAAAGCUGCAGCAACAUCGGGUAAUGGAAGCUACCCUUCACUUGAUGAAGGAUGGAGAGAGGGAGGAGGGGACACAACAAAAAAGGGAGGAAAGAAACUCUGUAAGCAUGGAGGUAAAGGAGCAGGCAGUGGAGGAGGAGGAGGUGGAGGAGGGGGGAUGCAUGGCACUGGACCAGGAAAAAAGAAAAACAAAUCUGAGUCCAAGUCCUCUGUUUUUUCCAUUCGGAAAAGAAAGGGCAAUUUGAAAGGGAAAGGAGAUUUGUGUUUGUCAGUAACUGGCUCAAAGGAGGAUGUCUUAUUAUCUCAACAUGAUGAACUGGACAGCACAAAAACACCUGAAAUGUCUGCAGAUGAGCUUGGACAGUCAGACACUGAGGCUGCUUUCCCUGAGAAGAGAAAGAAACUGGAGCAGGGGGAAAAGGAUGGAAAUGGAGCAAAGCAGAUUCAGGAGAUGCAGUGGAAAGCCUCAACAGCAGCAACAUCUCCCACAGAGGAUGGAGGGCAGAAGGGAGGGAGCUCAGGGUCAGACACAGAUAUCUACAGCUUCCACUCAGCAGCUGACCAUGAGGAUUUGCUUGCGGACAUCCAGCUUGCUAUAAGGCUCCAGCACCAACAGCAGCAUGGGCGGGUUAAUUCAAUUGUGGAAGCACAGGAAGGGAGUGAUAGGGAUUUAAGCUGGGGAGGAGGAGAGGGGCCGAGGAAGCAGAGUAACGGGUUGAUUAAAUUAACUCCUCCUGAGGUGCUUGACCUGACCCCAGAUUUAGAACUAGGGUCUGAUGCCCUGUCAUUCCUAGAGACAGGAAGUCUGUCUGGCUCUAUCAAGCACGCAGACCAGCCGCCAACACUAUGCACCCCUUUCCACACAGUGGUGCCUGAGGGGAAGGAGGAGAAGGAGGAGGUGGAGCAUCCAGAGAUAAAUUGGAAGGGAGAGAGGGAAAGUGAGAGAGAAGCUUCUCUUUGUGUUGGCACAGGCACAAAAGACCAGCAUGCUUGGCUGCAGAAGCCCCCUCAUACAGCCAUCACCAUGGCUACUGCCAGGGGGGCAGCAGUCAGCCCAGUUGCCAUGACAACUGGUGGUAACAGCUUCCCUGAUCUCACAUUUGACAGUGACGGGAAAAUCCCAGGGGUGGAGGAGGAAGCAGGAGGUGAAACCUGGCAGGAGGUUGAAGGGGAGCCCAAGGUGGAUGUGGAUCUCACUCCUCCACCCGCAGACAGCCAUAACAAAAGUUCUGAACCUACUGAAGGGCUGACCUCAGGGACCAUGUUUGAAGAAGGUGAGGGUCAGUUGGGCUCAGGAACUAGUGCAGAGUCCCUUGAGGACUGCCUGAGUGCUGGAUCUGAAUCCAAUUACUUUGCUGGUGCCAGCAUCAGUGUUACUCCUUCCAAUCAGCAGUGCAGGAGGAACAGCAUGUGUUUCACCCCACUGCCUCACCAGGAGAGCUCCACGUUGGCCAAACGACUCCUCAGGUCUACCCACUCGUCAACCUCCUCUAGCCCUGUGGUGAAACCCUACCCUCCUAUCUUCCCCUCCUACAUCAAGACCACCACCAGACAACUCAGCUCCCCAGGACAGUCCCCAGCCCUGUCUCCUUCCCACAGUCCCCUUUCCCCGCGCAGAGCCCACCAUCACCUCCACAGGACGAUGGCUGAGGGUCACCAAAUCCGUAGGCAGCGCUCUCGUAGCCUCGCUGGGCCUGUGAGUCGCUCAGCUGACUGGACAGAGGAACUUGAGAUGAGGCUGAGGAGCAGAGAGGAGGAAGGAGGAGGCUCUGGAGGUUCAGGAGAAUAUUUGAUGGGCUACCGAGGAGGAGGCAGCCAACCUAUCUGUGCCACCAGAAGAUCCUCCUGUGGACAGGUUUCUACCUGCGGCUUUCAGGACAUCUUCACAGUUUUCAUUACUGGCUUUGCAGGUCGAACUCUCCUGGAGAAGCUGUUCCUGCAGCAGCAGCAGCAGGAGGAACCAGAAGAGGCUGAGAGGCUCUGCUCCAGGAUCUUGGCCAUGGGUCUCCUGCUGCCUUUCACUGACUGCUUUAGAGAGCAGCUAGGAGGCAGCACUGUGCACAUCACCUCCACAGCAUCAGCCAAGUUUGAUCAUGACCAGCUUUAUACAUGGGCAGCAGUUAAUCAACCGACUCACUCCUUGGAUCCUCUUGGGGGGAAAAUACCAGGGCAGCUGAAGGGCCCCUGGCCUCCAGUCAGGCCAGGCGGGGACAAUUGGACUGGACUCAAAUCCACAGAGGCAGUUUUAGAAGACAAUCAAGACCACCAUGUAGCCAUCUUGGAUAUGAGGCAACAACAGAAGGAGAGCCAAGAGGAGGAAUGUGUCCUUCCUUCAACAAAACUGAAGGAAAAACAUGUCAAUGUAAUCCAACAGCUGGAACAAACCAUAGAAGACCUCAGGACUAAGAUUGCUGAACUGGAGCGACAGUCCCCUCUGCUGGACAGAGACAGUAUAAAACCCAAGACCUCCACUACAGACAGGGAGUGUGGAGGAGAGGAGAGCCUGCUGAGGGCUGUGUGUGAUGCUCACCUACAGACUGAAGCAGCCCCAGCUCUGGGCUGCCUGGAGGCCAAGUCUGUGCAGACCUCACCCAUGGAUGACAGCUUUAAGUUCAAAGUGCCUUGUACUGAGCUGGGUAGACUGAACAACUUGCUGCAACCUCCACCCAGGCAGGAUGGCCUCCAGUGUUCAUGUCAGCUCCAGCAUCCUCCUCCACAUCCACCUCCUCUUCCAGGAGGAGCAGUACCUCCUCCACCACCACCACCACCACCUCCUCCACCAUUACCAGGAUCUUCAGUGCCUGCUCCUCCACCUCCACCUCCAUUACCUCCUGGUUCAGCAGUUCCUUUACCCCCACCUCCUCCUCCUCCUCCUCCUCCACUUCCCGGUGGCCUUGCACCACCCCCACCACCUCAUCCUCCUCUCCUUGUUGGCAUUGCUCCACCUCCUCCUCCAUUACCAGGAAUAGGUGGCCCACCUCCUCCUCCACCAGGUGGUAGAGGCUGUGGGCCCCCUCCACCCCCUCCUCCACCAGGAGCCAUCUGUAUUCCCCCAGCUAUUUCAGGGGUUCUGGGCUCCCUGCCUCCUCCUCUACCACUGGGGCUAUACGCUUUUGGUCUGACCCAGGAGAAACCAGCCAGGAAGGCUGUAGUGGAGCCUCCCAGACCCAUGAAGCCCCUCUACUGGACCAGGAUCCAGCUGCACACCAAAAAGGAGCCCUCUUCCGUGUUGGUGUGGGAGAAUAUUGAGGAGCCUGAUGUGGACUUUGAAGAGUUUGUAGAGUUGUUCUCCAAAACGGCGGUGAAGGAGAAGAAACAGCCGCUCUCUGACACAAUCACCAAGUCGAAGGCCAAACAGGUUGUGAAGCUUCUAAACAACAAGCGUUCUCAGGCAGUAGGAAUACUCAUGUCCUCCCUACAUCUUGACAUGAAAGAUAUCCAGCAUGCUAUCCUGAACUUGGACAACACAGUAGUUGACUUGGAGACCUUGCAGGCCCUGUAUGAAAAUAGAGCCCAACAGGAGGAGCUUGACAAGAUUGAAAAGCACAUGAAGUCCUCAAAAGACAAGGAGAAUGCCAAAUCUCUGGAUAAACCUGAGCAAUUUCUCUACCAGCUCUCCUUGAUCCCAAACUUCUCUGGCAGAGUGUUCUGCAUACUCUUCCAGUCCAGCUUCUCUGAGUGCAUGUCCUCCAUAAUGAGAAAACUGGACACGCUGCAGAGGGUAUGCAAGGCGUUGCAGGACAGUGAGACAGUGAAGAAGGUUCUAGGUCUCGUUCUGGCUUUUGGUAACUUCAUGAAUGGUGGUAAUCGAACCAGAGGCCAAGCUGAUGGCUUCUCCCUUGACAUCCUGCCCAAACUCAAAGAUGUCAAGAGCAGUGACAGCAUGAAAAGUCUCCUGUCUUACAUUGUUGCAUACUACCUCAGACAUUUUGACGAGGAUGCAGGUAGAGAGACCUGUGUGUACCCGCUCCCUGAGCCUCAUGAUCUUUUCCAGGCUUCACAGAUGAAGUUUGAAGAUUUUCAGAAAGACCUGAUUCGACUCAGGAAAGAUCUGAGAGCGUGUACAUCAGAAGUGGAAAAGGUUUGCAAGGUUUCAGACGAGGAUAACCUACAGCCUUUUAAGGACAAGAUGGAGACCUUCCUCACACAAGCUAAAAGUGAACUGGAGAUCCUGGAAGCUCAACUCAGCAGCACUCACAAACUGUUUUGUUGGGACAUCAUAUACAUUACCCAGUGUAUUUCCACAGUCUAUAGGUUCCUGGAGAUCACAGUGUUCUUCUCAGUGAAGGCUAAGGCAGGAGAGAAGGAGGUUUCACCCAACACUGUCUUCUGCAUCUGGCAUGAGUUCUCCUCUGACUUCAAGGACCAGUGGAAGAAGGAGAACAAGGCCAUUCUCAAGGAAAGGUUAAAAGCAGCAGAGGAGUGUUUCCGACAGGCCAAGGAGAAGGCUGCCUACAGUGUCAAACCUAAGCACGCCUCUGGCAUUAAAGCCAAACUUGGCAUGAAGAUUUGACUCAGUCGACUUUGGGUACAGGGGAAUAGUACAAAUUUGAGUGCAUGUAUGUGGAGCUGUGCCUACUCUGGACAUCUUUGUUGCCUGCUCUUUCAGCCUUUACAUAGCUGUCCUCUCCAGUUGUUUGAUGAAUCCAACAAAAUCAUGGAAGGAUGAUGCUGCAGGGCCACCAUGCACAUCUUUAUAUGUCAGUGGGGGCAACAAACACACCUGGGAAAGUCAUAAAUAGAAUGGAUAACUUCUGUUUACUGCACAGCCAUACAAAUGUGGGCCAAUAGCAUUAAUGGUGUUAUGUUUCUUUAAUAAAACACAACAUGCUUAUGCUGAAUUCAUGAUCAAAUCAUGUCCAGUACAUGAAUCCAUCAUUUCCUGUGAAUCCCUUGUGCAUGAGUUUGAAUUUGAGGAUUUGAAUCCUGGAUUCUGCUACACACAUUAAAAAGCAAAACAUACAAUGCAAUAUCCAAUAUACAGCGCAACACAACCCAUGCCAUGCAUAAUAUCAAUAAUAGAGUCAGAUAUAAUUCUAGGAUUAUAAGGACUAUAACUUCAAACUGUAAGCAUUCCGAUCCACCAGAUCUGAAAGCUUGUUUUUUUUUGUUUCCGGCAACAUAGCUUGUAACAGCAAGAGGAUCAUAAGGCUGCAAAGCAAAACACGACCAAACAUAAAUAGUAUUUGUUUGCAGUAACACUGAUGGAUCUGGCCAAGCACAAACAUGCAAUCGGAUGUGUCCAGGCAUCAAGGAAAUGUAUUUAUCAUUAUACAACACAUGGUUUUAUAACGUGUUUUAUUAUUAAAAUCAAAUGUAUAAGAUUGUGCAUCUUUCCAUUACCAUUUUUUGUUUUGUUUUUCUUGGAACUUAGUGGAAACCAUUCCCAGGAAAUACACAGAGCUGGCCACCUUUCCUAUUUAAAAAUCUUGAAAUCUCAUUAACCACUGAAGAUUUUUGAUUGAUUAGCAGCACUUGUAGACACUUUCUGAUUUGAUUAUAUCGUGCAAGUAUUACUGACAACAACUUAAAAAUGUUAUGUUAAAAAGUAACACAAAUCUGUGUUAUCCCAUGGACAUCCUUUUAAAUACCACAGUAAAUCAACUCAACUUUAAUAUCAGCACUCUAUAUGGACUUUUGUGAAUCACAUUUAGCCUCUCAGUAGAAAAUCUAAUUCACAUCAGUGUUGUUGGGCAGGAGAAAAAUAUCACUGUAAACUUACAUGUUUGAUUUUAAUGUAUGUUCAAUGAUAUGAUAUACCAUAUCGUAACAGCCAGCACCACAUAUAUAUAUGUGCGUGUGUUUGUGUGUGUGUGUGUGUGUGCGUGUGUGUGUGUGUGUGCGUGAAUUUUACCAUCUUGAUCAAAUCUUUGGGGUUGAAAGCUAUCCUUAAAGCUAUGUAAUGAAAGAUUGUAUAGUCCAUUUGAUUAAAUCUUGUUGCAGAACUAAUAAUCAAUGUAAAGUAAUAAACUAUUUUAAAAAUGA